UCCUUCCUCGCUGCAUCAUAGCCCGCUGUUACCAUCACACGUUCACGUAAUAGCCUACUCCCGCAAGCUGACUUGUUGGAAAUGCUCGAGGAUAUUUAAAAAUCUCUCUGAAAGCACAAAAAAAUAGUGGAAGGAAAGUGAUUUCAAUCCGCGCCGGGAAAAUACUAAAGCAUUAGACAGAGGGUUGGAUAUUCAUUAUUGCCAGUUUACUUCAUUGAAGGUUGUGUUGUGGCAGGACUUUCCCUGGCUAUAAGGCAGGAGCUGCCAUGCCAUUUGGUUGUCUGACACUCGGGGAGAAGAAGGAUUACAACAAUCCCUCAGAAGUGACCGACAAAUAUGACCUCGGACAAAUUGUUAAAUCAGAGGAGUUUUGUGAGAUAUUUCGGGCGAAGGAUAGGAACACCUUGAAAAUGUACACCUGUAAAAAGUUCCACAAAAAGGAUGGAAGAAAAGUGAGGAAAGCUGCCAAGAAUGAGAUAAUGAUCUUAAAGAUGGUAAAACAUCAUAACAUCCUCCAGCUGGUUGACACUUUUGAAACUAAGAAAGAGUACUUUCUUUUUCUGGAGCUUGCCACAGGCAGAGAGGUCUUUGACUGGAUCUUAGAUCAAGGCUACUACUCCGAGAGGGACACCAGCAAUGUUAUGAGGCAGGUGUUGGAGGCCGUAGCUUACCUGCACUCUCUUGAAAUCGUCCACAGAAAUCUUAAGCUGGAGAACUUGGUGUACUUUAAUCGUUUGAAACACUCCAAAAUUGUUAUCAGUGACUUCCAGUUGGCAAAACUGGAAAAUGGAUUGAUUAAGGAUCCAUGUGGGACUCCAGAAUAUCUUGCUCCUGAGGUGGUUGGGAGGCAGAGAUAUGGAAGACCUGUGGAUUGUUGGGCCAUAGGAGUCAUCAUGUAUAUACUUUUGUCUGGGAACCCUCCUUUCUAUGAUGAUGCUGAUGAAGACGACUCUGAUAAUCGUGAUAAGAACCUUUUCCUUAAGAUUUUGUCGGGAGACUAUGAAUUUGACUCACCAUACUGGGAUGACAUUUCAGAUUCUGCCAAAAACUUAGUGGCAACUUUAAUGGAAGUGGACCAAGAUCAACGAUUGACUGCACAAGAAGCUAUUGCCCAUGAAUGGAUUUCUGGAAAUGCUGCCUCAGACAAGAACAUCAAGGAUGGAGUUUGUACUCAAAUAGAAAAGAACUUUGUCAAAGCCAAGUGGAAGAAAGCUGUUAGAGUGACCACCCUUAUGAAGAGACUUCGAGCGUCUGAGCAGGGCGAUUCUGGGGCUUCUGGUCUUGCUACAGGGGCUGCUGCUGACCCCAAUGCACCCAGUGGCGCCCCUGCUCCUCCAGCUGGCGGCGGCGACAGUGUUGAUGCCAGCAUAGAGGUUGCUCUAAGUGAGAAGGCUCCUGACACACAGACUGCCACCAUCUCUGCACUCUCUCUGCCCAGUGCAGCCAGACAGGAAGAGCAACCACAGGCACGAUGCAAUGGAGAUGUUCUCCAAAUGUUGCCACAAAGAAAGGGAGACUAGGCGUCAAAGAAAAAGAAGAAGAGGACCCUUGCCAACCAACAAGCACAUGAGCAGUACAGUCAAUAAAUUUGGCACAAUGAUACGGUGUAUAUGUUGUUCGACUAUCCCCCAGUUUGCAUUUUCAGUGCUGAGUUAUUUCACAACACCAUGCAUUUCAUCAUUUUGCCUUCUGUACUGAUUGGUCUAUUGAAUAGUGUUCUCCACUCUCUCUCCCUCGUUAUUUUGUGUACAAGUCCCUUUAAAGCUAGUUAAAAAGUAGCUCUUACUGUUGUUUCCCUUUUCCCUGAAAACUGUAAAAACGCAAAUUGUAAUUUAGUGAAAUCCAUGCAUCUUUAUUAGUCAUCUCACUGUAUAUAGAUGUAUUUGUCUGUUUCAACAAAUGGCUAGUUAUCAGCUUCAGAACUUACAAUUCUGAGUUCAUGUCUUGUGACUUAAAAUUAUGAGUUGAAAGAUUUGGUAAAUUUAUCAUAUAAAGGUUUAUUUUUUAAAAUGUAAACGGAUUCAAAUACUUUCCAGCAUGCAUAUUUGAGUUCAUGCAUCAGAAAACUAAUUGGAAAAUAGUUACAAGAAGUUAUGGACUUAUUAUUUGUGUGUCUUGAGUGAAUUUUAAGUCAAUUUAUAAUUAAAAAGAAGUAAAACUUAAAUUAUUUUAGCUAUGCUGAGAAUUGUAUAAUACCUGUGACACACUGAUGACUGUAUCUAAAAUGUUCUUACUUGUGAAAGAUUGCGUAACAAUCAGAUACAGAUCAUCACUUAGUGGAUUCAACUUGACACCCUGACUCGAUAUUUCUUGUUUCAGUGCAGCCAACUUACAAUUUUAAGGCAGCAAGAAAGCAUUUUUUUUAAGUUAAAGUGCCUUAAUAUUUGUUGCAGUAAUGUACUGAAAUGUUUCAAAAGAAACAGCUUGAUUAUAACUGCUUACUGAUUUCUUUGAAAUGUUUUAGCUGUUUUCCUUUGCUCUUCUGUAAAGAGUGAGCUGCUGUAUUGAUUUGUGUGUUCUCUCCGUUUUCACACUUACUUUAAAGAGAAAACCUGAUUACAUAAUUCUAUGUGGAGUGUUGUUUUAGCUGUUGUUGUUGUGUUGUCACUUGUAAGUAGUAAAAUUCAGAGUUUAUAGCUCAGUCCAUAUACUGUACCACUACGUAUGUAUACUUGCAUUGUAUACAUGUGUAGUUUUUUAUCUAUGUGUGUAUCUAGCAACAUUUAGCUGAGCUAACAGGUUGCUACAAUGCUUGUGAAUGAAUAAA